UUUUUUCUUUAGGUCGCUCCAAUAUACAACGACACUAUCAUGGCAUGCAAGUGGGCUAAUAAACAUAGCCAAAACUGUAGCCGAAUUUUCAGAAAACUACUCACAGACGAAGGGAUAUGUUAUAGUUUUAAUAUACUCGAUAAACAGGACCUCUUCCGUGAUGAUGUUUUAUCAGAACUUAAAAGUGACGACGACAGUGAAGAUCUGCGGGUUACCGGUUGGUCCCAAGAUGGAGGUUAUACAACAGAAGCGUUUGUGGACUCGUAUCCUCGCAGGGCUUUGCAUUCUGGAAGUUAUGGAGGUAUUUUUAUCGUACCAGGAGCGAUUCGCGAAGAUGCUGAUCACUAUUGCAAAGGACCAGUGGAAGGAUUUAAGGUGCUUAUUCACAACCCAGCUGAAUAUCCAGUGGUUGGAAUGCGUUAUUUAAGAAUACCAUUACUUCAAGAAGUAGUUAUUAUGGUACAACCAAACAUAAUGACGACUAGUAAAAACUUAAUAUCAUAUUCACCACAAGAGAGGCAUUGCUACUUUCCAUCGGAGAGAUAUUUAUCCUACUUCAAGGUUUAUAAUCAACCUAACUGUGAAAUAGAAUGUCUCACAAAUUACACUUAUUUGGAAUGUGGUUGCGUCGCUCUUCAUAUGCCAAGAAAAGAAGGAAUGAGAUUUUGUGGUCCAAGAAAGAAAAAAUGUAUGGUUGAUGCCCAAUAUAGACUUCGUAUAAGCGAAGUAGAUGUCGCUUAUAAAAGUGAAACAAUGGGAAGUUGUGAUUGCCUGCCAGCUUGUACAUCCAUUUUGUAUGAUAGAGAAACCACACAAGCAGAAUUCAAUUUUCAUGCUGUUCUUGAGGCUUAUAAUGAAGACACAGUGGCGUUCGAACCAUAUGAUGCUUCCCGAGUUUCUAUUUUCUUCAAAGAUUUACAGUUUACUACAAGUCACAGGAACGAGCUUUAUGGAAUAGUCGAUUUUCUAGCAAACGUCGGCGGCUUACUCGGUCUUUUUUAUGGAGUGAGCGUCCUAAGCUUCGUUGAAGUUUUGUAUUAUUCAACUUUACGAUUGUGGGCGAAUUUAAAGCAAAUCAGAAGAAGAAGUAGUGCAUAGGUUAUAAGAAGUUGG